UAAAACAACAUUGUAUUAAAAUAACAAUUGUUAAAUGUUACCGUUUAACGUAUUAAAAUGUUCACAAAACUACCGUCGAAAGUACUUCGAGGAUGAAAGUUGCUUUUAGAAAAAUUCACAUAAUUAAACUUUGAAUUCAUUUGCACUAAAUCUAGUAUAAGGUUUAAGGAUGUUAUAAGCAAAUAUGACUUCCUAAAACUCACCUGUGUGGGUAUAAUGUAAAGAGGAUAACACAGUUUUUUGUUCAAAAAUGCAAUGUUUUCUCAUAAGAUGAAUUUGAUAGCCUAAUAUUUCUAGCUUAAUGUCAUCUAGAAUGGUUUGGUGUAUUAAUUGCAGUCAAACUUUUCAGUCCUAUAUUGCACUAUAUACAUGUCCCUACAUACAAGCUGUUAUUUUAAGGAUUUUCAAAACUCACUGUACAACAGAGAAGAAUUAUCAUUUAAGAAAAAUAUAACAAUAUUUUUUAUUUUAUUUAUUAUUACUAUGUAGAUAAGAAUAUUGUAAGUUCUGUAUAUUUGUGUGUUGGAAUCUAUAAUUAACUAAAAAUAUGACAUGUAAGAGUGAAAAGUUUUUAGUUCCAUAAAUAUAAAGAUGCACUCCAAUGAAGAUGUAUGCCCAAAUGGUGUCUGCGCAACCUGCACGAAUCUAGCAAUAUCUGCUUUCCAAUUUCGAAUAUUGGUCAAACACUCCCAAAAUGCUUGGAGCAAUUGCUUCAAUUCUAUCAACUUUAUUGACGGUGAACACUGCCCGCAGUCAACAUAUCUCAUAUUUAACGACAACCUCACCUUGCAAAGUAUCAAACACUUCAACGGUGACAUGAAGAGUUUCGUCAAAAAUUUCAUAAAUAAACCAAAACUGUACCAUGAGAAACCGGAGAAAAAAGAGAGGAUAUCAAGGAAUGGCCCGAAUUGUGCAUGCAGCGAUUGUGGGAAGGAGUUUCACAGUCCGUAUUAUUUAAAUUUACAUUUAAAAAACAGCAGUCUCAAAGAAGCGUGUUGGCUCUGUGCGAGGAUGUUUGGAAGGGGCGGUGAGAUGAAGUCCCAUUUGCAGAGCGUGCACAAGAUCGAAAUGAUUGUGUGUAAUGAUUGCCCUUUACUUUUCAAAAAUGAGGCAGACGCAGAGGCGCACAUUAGAAAAUGCCACUCGGGGAAUGCGUAUACAUGUAUUGACUGUGGGAGUACGUUCAGCAAACGCGCCUCCCUGGGCCAUCAUAGCCAGAUGCACGCUGUACGGACAUGUAGAUUAUGCGACGCACAGUUCGCCAAUAGAGGCUGCUAUAGAUACCACAGAUCCAAAUGCGAACCGAACGCUAAACCUGACCUAAAAACCCUACCACGGAACAAGCGCUCGAAUGUUCGCGAUCCAGCGAGGUUUAUUUGCGAUUACUGUAAGAAAAUCUACCCAACACGGCCCCAGCUCCAGAAUCACAUAAUUUGGAUUCAUAUGGACAAAAGGCCGCAUCAGUGUCAGUGGUGUGGUAAAAGGUUUUAUACGUCCGCUCGUCUUUCGGAACAUAGUGUCGUUCACACGCGGGAGAGGAAAUUCGCCUGUGACAUUUGCGGCAUGAAACUUGUAUCCAAGAUGGCCGUCGUGUACCAUAGACGACGCCAUACAGGUGAGAAGCCGUACGAGUGUGAGGAUUGUGGGGAGUGUUUUAUAUCUUCGUCGAGAAGAUCAGAUCACGUUAAACGGAAGCAUGGGAAGGGGUUGAAGCUGGAGUGUGGGUUUUGCAAGACUGCUUUCGUAAGGAAUCAUGAACUACAGAAGCAUAUUAAGAAAAUGCACUGGUUGGAUGAGAGUGAUAUGAACAAUGAAGCGCUGAAAUUAAAGUCUUAGAUGUUAUACAAUUAAAAAUUAAAUUAAUGUUACAUAGGUAUUACCGACUUCAAAAAACUAGGAUCAUGAUGGUCUAUUUAAGCUUUCACAAAUGAUAGUGUUUGUAUGAGUACAUUAGGAAUCUAAUGGACAUCCAGAUUAUUUAAACAACUAUUAAUAAUACCUGCAGGGUUUCAUCAGCUGCCCACUGAAGUAUUUCCGAACCAAUUCGACUUAGGAUUCUAAAAAAGCCGGCCGCGCACUUGCGGGCCCUCUGACAAUGUGAGUGUAUGGGUGGCGGUAUCACUUAACUGUAGGUGAGCCUCCUGCCCGUAAGCCCUGUUACAUAAAUAAAUAUAUAUAUUCUUACUUAAAACAGGGGCCAUUCACGUAUUAUGGAACUAUUGGGGGGAGCGAGGUCGUUGAUUUUCUUAUUCGGUGAUUACGUCAACAGUAAUUAUUUACUUUUUUACACAUUGUCUAUGAUUGAAAACGAAUAUAUUUUCGAGGAUUCCUACGAAAAAAUAAUACGUUUAUUUACGUACUAUUGUUUUUGAGAGCU